AUGGGUGACUGUCCUUUCACUGUUCUUAUUGAUGAGUGUCGUGAUAUAUCGGUGAAAGAACAAAUGGUCGUGGUUGUCAGGUAUUUGAGCAAAAAAGGAGAGACCGUUGAAAGAUUUUUAGCUAUUAAGCAUGUCCCAGACACAACAUCUGCCUCUUUGAAGAAGGCUUUGUUGGAGGUUUUUGCUAAACACGGUCUAGUUAUUGCAAGACUACGAGGGCAAGGAUAUGAUGGGGCAUCUAAUAUGAGAGGAGAAUUCAAUGGACUUCAGAAGUUAAUUCGAGAUGAGAACCCAUAUGCUUUCUAUAUCCACUGCUUUGCCCACCAACUGAAUACUUCAUCUUGCAAGAGGAAGGAUAAAUUGCUUGACAAGCAAAAAGAAGAUCUUUUGGAUACGAUUGAGAGAGUCAUAGAAGUUUUGGGUAUUGUUGAGGAUGAUGUGCGUGUUCCAUGUAGGGCAGGAGGUUUGGUUCAUCAAAUGGAGACCUUUAGCUUUGUGUUCAUCCUGAAGAUGAUGCUAAAAAUCCUUCGUAUCAUAAAUGAUUUAUCUCUUCUAUUGCAAAAGAAGGAUCAAAAUGUUGUUCAGGCAAUGUCAUUGGUUACGGAUGUGAGAACACGUUUGGUCAACUGGAGAAAUGAUGGUUGGGAGCCACUCUUGGAAGAUGUCAAAGCGUUUUGCACCAAAAACGACAUUCCAAUACCAAGUAUGGAUGAGAUCUUUACAAAGUGGGGUAAAUCAAGAAAAGGUGGACGAAACAAUGUCACGGCUGAUCAUUUUUUUCGUGUGGACACCUUCUAUGCUGCUAUAGACUCCAUCACCACGGAGUUUGAUCAUCGUUUUAAUGAGGUAUCUUCAGAGCUGCUCCAGAACUUCUCUUGUCUUGACCCAAGAAACUCAUUUUCUAGGUUCAACCUGAAUAAGCUUGCCAGGCUCACAGAGAUUUAUCAUGAUGAUUUCUCUGACUAUGAACGUGAACAUAUAGAAGAGUUACGAAUCUCCCAGGAUUAUGAAGCUCCUGGUGAAUCGGUGGUGUGUUAG